AUGCUUUCUGCCCGAGGGGAAACAUAUGCCAAGGCUGGCUUGGCUAAUAGCUACCUGGCACCCAAGACCCCCUUCGACAAAGAUAACAAGCAGGGUGUGGUGUCUUUCCUUAAUGCAGAGAAUUUCCUGAUGCACGAUGUAAUGCUUGAAUACAUCCGCACACAGGUAGCAUCCAGCGUCAACCACUCGGAUCUCACCUACCAUGAAGGCCCCUUUGGCUCAAGGCGUCUCCGAGCAGCCAUGGCCAGUCACAUUACUACGUACUUCCACCCCACUACGCCAAUCUCGCCUGAUCACAUCAUUUUCGCAAAUGGCUCUAACCGACCCGGCGACGGGAUUCUCCUGGGUCAACCUAUCUACGGCUCCUUCAACGGAGAUCUCCGCGUGCCAUCCAGCUGCCAACUAAUCUACACCCCCUUCCACGGGGACGAUCAAUUCAGCCCAGACGCCGUGGCUCGGUACGAGGAAGCCUUCCUGCAAGCGCGAGAGACCGGGGUAACAAUCCGGGCCCUUCUGAUCUGCAACCCGCACAAUCCGCUCGGCAGAUGCUACCCGCGCGAGGCCUUAGAGGCGCUACUGCGGUUCUGCCAAAAGUACCAUAUCCAUCUCAUCAGCGACGAAGUGUACGCGCUAUCAGUGUACGGGGAUGAUGACUCAACCGAUGGCUUUGUUUCUAUUCUGUCGAUCGACCUCGUCCCGCUCGGGGUUGACCCGGCCCUGAUACAUGUGCUGUACGGCAUGUCGAAAGAUUUCGCGGCAUCGGGGUUACGGCUGGGAUGUUUAAUCAGCCAGAAUCAGAAGUUCUUACAGGCGGUUUUGUCGAUGAGUCGAUUCCACUGGCCUUCGCAUAUAUCAUGCAGCAUCGCCACUGCUAUUCUCGAGGAUCAAGGCUUUGUGGAGGCCUUUAUUCACAAAAGCCGCCGAUUUCUUCGCUCGCAGCGGGAUUUGGCGACACGAGUCUUGGAGGAGGCGGGGAUCCCUUAUACGCAGGGCGGUAUCGCGGGCUUUUUCCUCUGGAUAGACUUGUCCAAGUGCUUGGAUAAGGCGAUUGUUGCUAGUCAAGAUGGGUGGGCUGCAGAGUUGGAUCUGUCCCGCCGGCUGCAACAGAUUGGGGUGGAGAUGUCGACUGGGUAUGCCUAUCAUAAUGAGGUGCCAGGCUGGUUCCGCGUCAUCUUCUCACUAGAUGAGGAGAGCCUGAAAGAGGGCUUGUCAAGGAUUAUCAAGUUCUAUCACAGCUCUGGCGGAUCACCUUAGAAGAGUUUCGGGAGUCUCCUCUUGUCUACUCAGUUUAGUUAUUCCAUUCCCUUCUGUGUCUCUGUCGGUCAUGUCUUGGCAUAUACGUCCAGUUGUGGCUUCAGUUCUUCCCGUGGCUACCUUGUUUACGCUGCAUAUGAGCCUGCGUGAUCACCUAUCUAGCACAUACGACCAUACGGUGUGGAAAACAGGGCUUCCCAUCCACUCAGCCGUAAUUAAGCCCAUUAUUAACGUGGU